UAGACAUGCGUAUGGUACUGUAUAGGUAAGCUUAGGUAUUUAUUUAGGAAAGAAGAUUACGUGGACGUAAGCGAGGUUUCAUAGAUUACAUGUCAUGACAGUUUGUAGGUAUGGCGUCAAACCUGUCCAUUCCUCGGCGUCUGCCGAUUCUUCUAGUUGCAGACGGUAUUCUCCUGCCUGGUUCAUCAAUGAGAAUUCCAGUUAAUUCACAAAGGAAUAUGAACUUGGUGAAGAGUCGCAUUCUGAGGCAUAACACUCUGAGUAGCACAGUCAUUGGUGUUGUGCCCAGGGAAUCUACAAAUGAGACUGACGACUUCACUGCUAUACAUCACAUUGGCACUGCUGCAGUCGUGGUGCAGGUGACCGGUACCAACUGGCCUCGACCAGCAUACACUCUUCUUGUGACUGGUUUGUGCCGUUUCAAGCUGGAGAAACUCCUGCAGGAAACGCCCUAUCCCGUCGCUCAGGUUGUGCAGCUGGAUAAGUUGCCUGGACAAGGGACAGAUUUUGGUGAUGACCAUCCAGUCAUGAUGAAUUUCAGAGAGCAAGCAGGCAAUCUGGUGGAUUUACUAGACAUUGCUGUUCCUGUUGUUGCUAAACUAAAGAAACUUCUUGAAAGUCUUCCCACUGCAAGGCUUCUUGACAUAUUUGCCUCCAUUGUCAAAGCUUCUUACAGUGAGAAACUGCAGGUCCUGGAUGCUAUAGACCUCGAAGAACGCAUCAAGAGGACUCUUCCUCUCCUUGCAAGGCAGAUAGAGGGACUGAAGCUCUUACAACGUACCCGAGCAAACUCUGGUCCUCAUACAUUGAGAGACAGGCAAAACACCCUCGCUUUAAAGAAUGUAUUGAAGAAAGUCAACAUCGCAGACAUGGAAGAAGAGAAUGAAUUGGAUGAAAUCACGGACUUGGAGCACAAGAUCAGAAAAGCUGACAUGCCACCUCAUGCCCACAAAGCUUGUCAUAAGGAGCUGAAACGUUUGAAGAAGACUCCAACGGCCAUGCCUGAAUAUGGGCUGAUCCGUAACUACCUGGAGCUCAUGGUAGAGUUGCCUUGGUCCAAGCAAUCUACUGAUACACUGGACAUUAAACAAGCAAGGCGUGAUUUGGAUGUUGAUCACUAUGGAUUGGACAAACUGAAGAGACGUGUGGUAGAAUACCUGGCUGUUCGACAAUUGAAGAAUAGCCUAAAGGGUCCAAUUCUGUGCUUUGUUGGCCCACCUGGAGUUGGCAAGACAAGUGUGGGUCGCUCUAUUGCACACACUUUGGGACGAACCUUUCACAGGAUUUCUCUUGGAGGCUGUUGUGACCAAUCUGACAUUCGAGGUCACCGCCGUACCUACAUUGGCUCCAUGCCAGGGCGUAUCAUUCAUGGACUGAAGCUCGUCGGGACAAACAACCCUGUCUUCCUCCUAGAUGAGAUUGACAAACUGGGGAAGAGUAUGCAAGGAGAUCCUGCUGCAGCAUUGCUUGAGGUUUUGGAUCCUGAGCAGAAUAAUGCAUUUACAGAUCAUUAUCUCAAUGUUCCCUUUGAUCUUUCACAAGUUCUCUUCAUCGCCACCGCUAAUAGCACAGGAGACAUCCCGCCAGCUCUGAAGGAUCGAAUGGAAUUGAUAAACGUCCCUGGCUACACGCAAGAGGAGAAGCUUCAUAUUGCCACACGCCAUCUGAUCCCAAAACAACUCAAGGAACACGGGCUGACUGCUGAACAGAUACAAUUCCCUGAAAACUCCGUCAAGAUUAUAAUUGCCAAGUACACCCGAGAGGCUGGCGUGAGGACUCUGGAACGGAAGAUUGGAGCGGUCUGCCGUGCUGUUGCAGUCCAUGUGGCUGAGACACAGACACGUUCCAAGACAAUCAUGGUUACAGCCAACAAAACGACUGACGAGGAGGAUGAUGGAGGACACGAUGUAGAUCACCAGGGAACUGAGUUACUGGACAAGGCAUCUCUGGUUGCUACAGCUGAUGCUGCUAUCACCCAUCCACCUGAUAUGCCUAUUGUCAUUGACAAACAUGCCGUCAAAGAUAUCCUCGGGAUUCCAGUUUAUGAGAGUGAAAUGUCUGAGAGACUGUUGCAACCAGGUGUUGCUGUUGGUCUGGCAUGGACUGCCCUUGGGGGUGAAAUCAUGUAUGUAGAGGCUACCAAAAUGGACGGAGAUGGUACCCUGACUCUGACUGGUCAGUUAGGAGAUGUCAUGAAGGAGUCUGCUACAUUAGCUCUCAACUGGGUCAGGACACAUGCCAAAGAGUAUGGUAUACUUGCUAAGGAAGGUGUUGACCUGAUGGAGAAUACUGACGUUCAUAUUCACUUUCCUGCUGGAGCCGUGGGCAAAGAUGGCCCCUCGGCUGGUAUCACCAUUGUGACUGUACUCACCUCUCUCUUCAGUGAUCGCCACGUUUGCCAAGAUACUGCUAUGACUGGUGAGAUUACACUGAGGGGACUUGUACUGCCGGUUGGAGGAAUUAAGGCCAAGGUACUUGCAGCGCACAGAGCUGGCAUCAAAAGGAUUAUUCUACCAAAGCGCAACGAGAAAGACUUGGAAGAAGUGCCACAGAGUAUCAAGAAUGACCUGAAGUUUAUCCCCGUCUCUCGACUUGAGGAGGUUCUUCAAGCAGCAUUUGAUGACGGUUUCUCUUCGAUGAUACCACAAGCUGAACCAACUGUCAUACCAAGUAAAUUAUAAAUUAGUAGCCCAAUAGAGAGAGACUUGUAUGCAAAAACAACAAAAUACAAUUGGAAAUGUAGUAAAAAAGCUAAACCAAAUCCCCCCCCCCCCAAAUACUUCACAUUUAAAAUAUAUGUAACGCCAAAAAAAGUUAUGGCUAGUAAGUCCAUUUAAUAAACCUUCUUAUAGAUGGAAAAAUGAUCAAAUUAUAUCACCAUUUAAACAGAAUGUCCCUAAAAUCUGUUUUGUCCAAAAAGGCUAUUUUCAAGAAUUAUGUAUGUCUUCAAAUGUCACUACUAGCGAUAAUACCUCAGUUUAAAAGUUUAAUAAAAAGAUUCAACAAAGUCGUUUUUAUUCAAAAGAUAAGUAAUGACGGUAAAUUUUGUUGGCUAUAUGCAAUGUUAUUUAAUCUUUAAGUACGUAACUGUGAAGAAAUUUUUGGAGAUUUCAGCAAUUGUUAUUUGCAACUGGUUCCAAUUGUCCAACAAAACAUUGGUACUUUCACUUUAAGGCUUAUUUAUCUGUAUUUUAUUGGAAGAAAGUAUAUUGUGUUAACUAAACAAAGCUUUUGGGGGCACUUACUAGUCCUAAAUUCUGUAUGACUGUAUGACCGUACCCCCGCAUGCUCGUAUCCCAGUAUGAACGCGUACAUGUAUGUUAAAGUUCAGGUUAAAGAGGUUGUGGAAUGCUCGAAGACAUUUCCGUCAUUUUUCGGGCAUAUGUAGCCUAAGGUGUGA